AUAACCGACCUCGACGCGGGCGAAGCCGCGGGCGGAAAGCUAGUUAUGUAUAUAGGGACAAGUGCAUUCAAGUUUGAUGGUAAAACAAAUAAAGACGGAAGUAGAAACUAAUCCAAGAAGCUUAUCGAAGUUCGUUUAAAGUCGCAAGUUGCGUACGGGUCGUGGUAGGGGGCGCGCCGCAGCCUUCGUUCAGCUCGGCCCGCAGUUGAAACGCGUCGCGCGCGCAGGUCGCCGUGCGCGCGAACCGCGAAAUUUCCGAACACGCCCGCGCGAGUGAUGUCACAAAGAGAACUAGUGGUUACUGUGCUGUGAUUGUGAAUUAACUAUGGUAGCCAUGGUGGCAUCAGCGUCUGGAUAUGGCACCUUACGCCGUUUUCUAAGCGUGCCUGAGGGCCAGCACUCCGCCGCCGAGGCAGGGAUCGGACCGAGCAACUCCGUUGCCGUCUCGUCAAAGCAACGGGCGUCAAUUAAAUGGCUGUUAUCGAAGGCGUUCAACAACAGGGUCCCGGAUAACCUUCAGGAGCCCUUUUAUAGGGAUCAUGAGGUGAGCCUGAACAUACAACUAUUUCCAUUAUUAAAUGAUAGAGAUGUUAUGUUAAACUAUUCCAGUGUACAAGUCACAAUAGAAAGCCAGGUUAAAAGUAACUUUAUAGGCAUUUUCCCGCAGCAUAAUGCUAUCUGAUUGUUUUGAAAUCCGAAACAAUAACAUUUUC